AUGUGGUGGAGCGACGUGGCGUGCCCGACGCUCGCGGUGGCGACGACGGCGGCCGGCGGGGGCCUGACGCAGAACGACGUCCGCGGCGGGGGGGGCGCCGCCCCGGUGCGGCUGGUGGUGGCGCUGCCGCCGCCGUUCCGCUGGGCGAGCGACCCGCAGCUCGGCACGCGGCUGAGUUUCCUGCAGGGGUCGGCCGCGCAGCCGAACGGCUUCAGUGGGCCGUGGGGGGCGCUGCUGCGCAACGCGACGUGGCUGCGCAACGCGACGAACCCGUUCAACGUCCUGGAGCUGGCCGUGCCGGUGUACCGCGGCUACUUCAUCGGGGCCGACGAGACGAUCAUCGUGAGCUGCGACGCGGAGGCGGUGCUCGGUGGCUGCAAGGGUGUGCUGCUUGGGUCCUUCACCGUCGCGUCCAACACGCCGCCCGCCCUUGCCAGCGCCCUCUCGGCGAUCACCGGCGUCGUUGCCGGUGCGACGACCGUUGCCGUGGCGGUUACCGGCGGGCUGGGCUCCAUCCUGGAGCUGCAGGCACUCGGCGUGUUUGCGAAAAUGUCAUGCGCCUCGGCGCAGGAGCGCGCGAGCUCCGUUGCGCUGCCGUACUUCCUCUCGGUCUUCGCCGGCCUGGACCCCCUGUGGCUGGUCGUGGGCAACGCGCUGGUCGCCGCGGCGUUCGGGGGCGCGCACUACGGCCUGACGGCCGCGUUCCGGCGGUGGCGCGGCGUGGACGCGGCGAGUGCGUGGGCGGCGAUGCGCUUCCCGAGCCUGACGUACCUCGUGGCGCACGCGAUGCACCUCGGCAUCUUCUUCGGCUCGGUGUUCGUACUGGCGAUGCCCGGCGCCCACGCGCAGCACUACGUGGUCGGGGUCGCCGGCGUGCUGUACGGUGUGGCGUUUCCGGCUGGCGCGUGCUACUUCAUUGCCCACCACACGGGCGCAAGCUUCACCAAGUACUGGCAGUUUGCGAAGAAGCCGUUCCAGGAGCGCCUGCUGUACCCCGUCGGGUACUGGUACCCCGCGGCGCAGCAGCAGAUGUACGGCAGCAUGUUCACGAACAUGAAGGGCAGCUACGUGUACUGGAGCGUCUUCCAGCUGUCCGUGCUCUGCGUGGUGAGCCUGAUUGCGGCGGUGCACCCGCCUGUGGGCAGCUGCCACAUCCUUUACUUCUGCAUGGCGGCGGUGCUGCUUGCGGGCGCGGGCGUGGUGGCCUUCACGAACAUGAUGCGCUCGGCCCUCCUGACGGUGAUGCACACAGCGAGCUUCGUGCUCCUGGCGGUGCUCUGCCUGAUCAACGCGGCAAACUACCUGGCGCCGAACGACGGCGGUGCGAGGGCGUACGCGGCGAUUGUGCUGCUGCUGAUUUGUGUGCUGCUGGCGCUCACGGUGUACAGCGCGGUGGUGUGGUACGUGGAGGAGCACCACUGGCAGCACCUGCGCGAGCCGCGGCGCGGGGCGCUUGAGGCGAUGCUGGACGAUGACGAGGAGAGCGACGGCGACGCGCAGAAGCCGGACGACAGGGCGUCCUCGUCGUACGCCUCAGGCGACACCGGCGCGUCGUCGUACCGCGCCCCGGUACAGCCGCGGCGGGAGCGCGUCACCGGCAACUACGAGGGCACCCCGCCUGCCGCUGGGCCCCGGUUGCGGGCACCGCGCAGUGACGCCCAUUCAAACACCCUGAGCCUGCUGGACGGCGCAUCUGGAGCCGGCGCCAGAGUCGAUCACGGGCUCCUGUGA